AUGUCCCGAAGUGUCAAGUUCGAUGGCGAAGAUGAUGUAGAAAAUACUGAAGAAAAAGAACAUAAUAUCGAAAUGGAUGAAUAUACAGCACCCAAUCGCUAUCAGAACUCUGCCAACAAGAAUAACACCGAUGAAGUAAAAGAUCUGGAAGAUCAUUGGCGAAUUGGAAUUGAAGCUGAAAAAGAUGCUGAAAAAGAAUUGUCAUAUGUUGAUGAAUGUUGUCGAAAAGUAUUUAGAAUUGAGAAAAAUGAACAAAAGGGAAUCGAAACUAAAAGAAACAAAGAUAAGGCGUUUGGUCAAUACCAGAGCUCCGAUACAGGUAACACUUUUGAUUUUGAGUGGAGUUUAAAAACUGCCAAAACAAGUGAUGCUAACAGUUACUGA